GGGACCUAGCGUUGCAUCCAUUCGUUGACGAGACUCGAAGGUGUUCAGUUGAAGUACUUCAGGAGCCAUUCGUUCCAUUCGUGCAGUAUUUAAGUUUUGUUUAAGUAACUUAUUACCGAUUUGCUAGUGAUUUGCUAGUGGCCUGCAGAGUCAACAUGAAGGUGCUAAUUGCUCUAUCGACCGUGCUGUGCGUGGUGCUGGCGAAGGACCAGCCAAGGAAAGCUAUUGUUUUCCUGCAAGGAACGUCCGGUGUCAGCGGUAAUGUGACCAUCUCGCAAUCCUCGUGCACCGAGCCAGUGUUCAUCGAGAUCAAUGUCGGCGGUCUCACUCCUGGCAAGCACGGGUUCCACAUCCAUGAGAAGGGAGACCUGACGGACGGUUGUGCCAGCACCGGAGGACACUACAACCCGGAUAAGGUCAGCCAUGGUGCCCCGAACGAUCAGGUGCGUCACGUCGGUGAUCUGGGCAAUAUUGUGGCCGAUGAAAACGGUAUCGCCAAGACCUCGUACUCGGAUACUGUGGUGUCGCUGUAUGGAGCCCGCAGCGUUCUCGGCCGUGCGAUCGUCAUCCAUGCCGAGGUGGACGAUCUCGGAAAGACCAACCAUCCGGACUCGCUGAAAACAGGAAAUGCUGGUGGUCGCGUUGCCUGCGGCGUAAUUGGAAUUCUCGAGCCUUUCGAUGAACCGGAUCAGGAAUGCAGCAGUGGACAGCAGGGGCUUUUGCCGGCCACCGUUACCAUAACGAUUUCGCUCCUUGUGGCCCGACUGAUGGUCCUAUAA